ACGCCCAGGGAGCCCGUGCGUCACUGCUCUGCGCCGGAUGACUAUUUUCGUGUUCUCUUCCUUCAGUAUCUGUCUACCUCUUCCCCGCAUCCACAGGAUCCCGGGAUAUGAACCGGAAGAGGCAUCGCCUGGUCCCGGAGGCCUUCGGACAGAAGAGGCGGCGGGAAGGAGGGGAUGUAGAGGCAGAUCCUUUGCGGGGAGAGUCAGGGUCUGCGCGCGCGGCAGUUGCGGAGCUACUGCGGCUGUUCCCGCGAGUCCUGUUUGAGGAUGCGCUACCGCCCAUCGCGCUGAGGAGCCAGGUGUACAGCCUAGUGCCCGACCGGACGGUGGCUGACCGGCAGCUGAAGGCGCUUCAAGAGCAGGGGGAGAUCAGAAUCAUCCAACUAGGCUUCGACUUGGACGCCCAAGGAAUCAUCUUCACUGAGGACUAUAGGACCAGAGUCCUCAAGGCUUGUGAUGGCCGCCCAUACGCUGGUGCAGUGCAGAAGUUUCUGGCUUCAGUACUUCCAGCCUGUAGUGACCUUAGCUUCCAGCAGGACCAAAUGAUUCAGACCUUUGGCUUCAGGGACCCAGAAAUCACGCAGCUGGUGAAUGCCGGGGUCCUCACUGUCCGAGAUGCUGGAAGUUGGUGGCUAGCCGUGCCUGGAGCUGGGAGAUUCAUCAAAUAUUUUGUUAAAGGGCGCCAGGCUGUACUCGGCAUGGUCCGAAAGGCCAAGUACCGGGAGCUGCUCCUUUCAGAGCUCCUGGGCCGGCGGGCACCUGCCGCGGCACGACUCGGCCUGGCUUACCAUGUGCAUGACCUCAUUGGGGCCCAGCUGGUGGACUGUGUCUCCACCACUUCUGGAACCCUCCUCCGCCUGCCAGAGACAUGAGGAUUCUGCUCGUCGUUGCACAGCUCCCCGGAGUGGGGAGCAAGGGGCCCAGGAGUGCUGGCUGCCCUGGCUGAGACAGGGUCACCUUGGGAAGGCUUGGGAGCCAGGAUGAGUGUUGGGCUCGCGUCUCUGCAGAGGGUCAGAUGUGACUGCUGCUGUUUACCUGGGCUCUGACCCAGUGGGGGGUUUGGGCAAUGCUUCUCUGCCCUUUCAUGCAAGUGGAGCCAGAAACGGCGCCAAGGCCAUGGCUGCUGCCUUUCAUGCAGCAAGGUGCUGCCACUGUUCUGUCUUGGGAUAGGAAGGAGGGGUUUCUGGUGAGGCUGCCAAUGGAGGACAGGGUUCUUUUCCCUACAUGUUGGGUUGAAAUUGCCAAAUAAAGUACUUCUCCCUGUGA